UCCGUUAAUUAAGAGACAGAAGUUGAAGGAAGACAUUUUAGAGUGUUUUUGCGGAGAAUAUCUUCUGUCUUGCUGCCGAAGGGAUUGAUUUCGGAUAGUAUCUGCCAUGGCUACAUCACACCUUCCGGCCACAACAGAUUCCAUUGCCCAGGCUUUAGAAGCAAAGAGCCCAUCGGAGGCCAUUUCUAUACUGUACCGUGUACUGGAAGACCCUGCGUCCUCUCCAGAGGCUCUGCGCAUAAAGGAACAGGCCAUCACAAACCUCUCCGACCUUCUUACACAAGAGAACAGAGCUGAGGAUCUCCGAAAACUUCUUACUCAGCUGAGACCUUUCUUUUCGCUCAUCCCGAAAGCCAAAACUGCCAAAAUUGUCCGAGGAAUCAUUGAUGCUGUUGCCAAGAUACCCGGAACAACUGAUCUGCAAAUCACCCUCUGCAAAGAAAUGGUGGAAUGGACCCGGGGAGAGAAGCGUACUUUCCUCAGGCAGCGUGUGGAGGCAAGGCUAGCAGCUCUCUUGAUGGAGAACAAGGAAUAUGUCGAAGCUUUGGCACUUCUCACAAACUUGGUCAAGGAGGUCAGGAGGUUAGAUGACAAGCUUCUUUUAGUUGACAUAGAUUUGCUCGAGAGUAAGCUCCAUUUCUCAUUGAGAAACUUACCCAAGGCGAAAGCUGCCCUUACCGCUGCUAGGACAGCAGCAAACGCUAUAUACGUCCCACCAGCCCAACAAGGGACCAUUGAUCUGCAGAGCGGGAUUCUCCAUGCGGAAGAGAAGGACUACAAAACCGCAUACAGUUACUUCUUCGAAGCCUUUGAGUCCUUCAAUGCUCUUGGAGACCCGAGGGCCAUUUUCAGUCUGAAAUACAUGUUGCUGUGCAAGAUAAUGGUCAGCCAAGCGGACGAUGUUGCAGGGAUAAUCUCUUCAAAGGCUGGACUCCAGUAUGUCGGCCCUGACCUGGACGCAAUGAAAGCAGUUGCUGAUGCUCACGCAAAGAGGUCGUUGAAGUUGUUUGAGAAUGCGCUUCGUGACUACAAGGCGCAGUUGGAGGAAGACCCGAUUGUCCAUAGACACCUCUCGUUCCUCUAUGAUACGCUUCUGGAGCAAAACCUAUGCCGUCUUAUCGAGCCAUUCUCUCGGGUCGAGAUCUCUCACAUUGCCAAGCUGAUCGAGCUGCCGGUUGACCAUGUCGAGAAAAACCUCUCUCAGAUGAUAUUGGACAAGAAAUUUGCAGGUACAUUGGAUCAGGGAGCUGGGUGUCUCGUCAUAUUCGAAGAUCCAAAGGCCGAUGGAAUCUACUCUUCUACUCUGGACACCAUUUCCAACAUGGGGAAGGUUGUGGACAGCCUCUAUGUCCGGUCCGCCAAAAUCAUGGCUUGAGUUCUUUGCUCUCUCUGUCUUUUGUUCUGUCAGGUCUUCUCAUUCUCUUCUUUUCCCUCAGUUUGUCAGUUUAGACAUCGUUUGAACUCUUCAAAACAUUGCUGCUUGAUGGAUGGAGAAAAAAAAACUAUAUGAAUUGCUCUCUAUCUUAUGGUCAUCAUGUUUUUCCCCGAAUGCAGCUGCCAUUGCUC